AUGUUCUCCAGAUCGCUCCGCGUCGCCUCCCGCAGGGUCCUCGCGACCUCUGUCCGCCCUUCCACCCUCCCCGCCCGCCAGCUUGCGCCCGCCGUCUCCGUCGGCGCGACGAGGGCCUACCACGAGAAGGUCCUUGACCACUACUCCCGUCCUCGCAACGUCGGCUCCAUGCCCAAGGGCGACCAGGAUGUCGGCCAGGGUCUCGUCGGUGCGCCUGCUUGCGGCGACGUCAUGAAGCUCAACAUCCGCGUCGACCCCAAGACCAACACCAUCUCCGAUGUCAAGUUCAAGACUUUCGGCUGCGGUUCCGCCAUCGCCUCUUCCAGCUACCUGACCGAGCUCGUUCGCGGCAUGACUCUGGAGCAGGCCGGCCGUGUCAAGAACACGGAGAUCGCCCAAGAGCUCAAGCUUCCCCCCGUCAAGCUGCACUGCAGCAUGCUUGCCGAGGACGCAAUCAAGGCCGCCAUCUCGGACUACUACACCAAGAACCCCAACGCGAAGCCCACCAACCUGGCUGGCACCGAGGCCAAGACCGAGUCCGCCGCCUCCGCAUAA